UGGGUGUUGUGGUGGAUGGUAGCAGGGUCAGUGCAAGAUCAAAGCUUGACCGUGUUUUGCCGGCGAGUGGAACAAAGAGGAAAAGAGUCGUCGGAUUGGUACCGGAAGAUCGGAGAAUGACGUUGCGUGCGUUGGGGUUCUGCUGUGCUAAAGUGUUUUUGGAGCUGCACUGUCUCGCUUCAGUUCGCCUACUUCCGUCGGGUCCAAGGAACGGGUACCCAGGCUGGCCGGUGGUCCCAGAUGGAUCUGAUAGUAGAUCUUCCAAAAGAUCCGGGGUAGGCCCUCGAUGGAGCAAACGAUGUGAAACGUGGCGUUCCGAGGGAAAAAACAGCAACAGAGCAAGUCCCAGAGGAAAAAAAAAGGUGGAGUUGAAGAAUGAGGAGCGUGGAAGGAUGGAAUAUUUUCAACAAGGCCCAUCGUUGCCUGGAAUUUUGGUAGUGUAGUGUCCCCCGUCGUAAAAUUUCUUACAGGCACUUUUCUGGCUUCGAUGUUUC